AUGAUUAGGUUAAACCCGGAUACCGCGGACCGCUUUUUCCGCCUUCAGCAGUUGCUGGGGAGGCGUAAGAUUAAGCGCGCUUCGGCUUCUAGUGUAGUUAAUUGGUUAAUCGACUCGUCGAACCACAUACUCACAGCUCUGAUUGAUGGUUCGUUGAAUAUAGCAGAUGUUCCCGAGGAGGUCAGAAACGCGGAUGUUUCCGCGGGAGCUGGCGGAACUGGCGGAGUUGGGGGGGGCAAAACUAGGGGGAACGUUGCAGGGGCAGGCGGGUUCGGGGGAAGCAAGUUUGCGGAGCUGGAAGCUGCGCUGAAGAAGUUUGCCGCAGGGGAGCCGCGGGUUCGCGUGGGGGGUGCACGGGUUGGCGCGGGGGAGGCGCAGGUUGGCGCAGCGGAGGCGCGGGUUGGCGCGGGGGGCGCAGAAAGGGGCGAGGGAGAGCGGAGCAUUUUGGGGGAAGCCAUGGGGGAAGAGGGGAUUGCGGAGCGGAAAAGGACAGGGGCGCAGGGCAGGGGGGGUGUUGCUGGGGGGAGACAGGGAGGUGGGGGGAGAGGGGGGCGGAGUGGGGCAGGGGAGGGGGCAGCCAUAGCGGGAGCUGUAGCAGGAACGGGAGCUGUAGCAGGAACAGGGGCUGUAGCAGGAACAGGGGCUGUAGCAGGAACAGGGGCUGUAGCAGGAACAGGGGCUGUAGCAGGAACAGGGGCUGUAGCAGGAACAGGGGCUGUAGCAGGAACAGGGGUUGUAGCAGGAACAGGGGUUGUAGCAGGAACAGGGGCUGUAGCAGGAACAGGGGUUGUAGCAGGAACAGGGGUUGUAGCAGGAACAGGGACUGUAGCAGGAACAGGGGUUGUAGCAGGAACAGGGGUUGUAGCAGGAACAGGGGUUGUAGCAGGAACAGGGGUUGUAGCAGGAACAGGGGUUGUAGCAGGAACAGGGGUUGAAGCAGGAACAGGGGUUGUAGCAGGAACAGGGGUUGUAGCAGGAACAGGGGUUGUAGCAGGAACAGGGGUUGUAGCAGGGAGUUUAUCAGGAGCAGCCAGAUACAGGGCUCAAGCCAAGGCUACAAGUGAGGCUCGGCUUGAGGGGGCAGAAGAGACAGCACAAGGACAAUCAAACAAACGUCCACGAGGCACGGUAUCAGGAGUCUUGGUGACAGAAGGUUCGGUGCCAGCAGGUUUGGCGCUAGCAGAUUCGGUGACUGCUGGUUCGGUGUCAGAUGGCUUGGAAUCCGGACCUGCCAUUGGCUCAUUGGAGCAGCAACACCUGUCUGACGCUGCAGCUUCUGUAGCUGCCACUUCUGCUCCAGCUGCCACUGCUGCCACUGCCGCCAAUGCUGCUACUGCUGCUACAGCUGCUGCUGCUGCUACAACUGCCCCAAUGGAUGGGACUGCUGCCAAUUUGUUGGAGCCGCUUGGAACUAGAGAUUCACCUGAAGCUGGGAAAACACCUGACAGGGACAGGUCAGGUCCUGCCAGCGCUUCAGGUGCUGCAGAACCUCCAAGCAAAGAGACUCAGGUGAAUGCACAGGUGAAUUUUGAGAGCUCUGACCUGGGAAUGCCAGAGGAGUUUUCUCAGGUGAAUAAGCAGUAUGCUCAGGUGGGUGCUCAGGUGGGUUUUGAGCAUGAGCUAGAUGUGGAGGGGGACGCUCAGGAGGAUCAGGAGGAGCACGGUUCUAGAGCUCAUUAUAAUAAUCAGCUGCAGAACCAGCAGCAGCAGCAGCAGCAGCAGCAGCAGCAGCAGCGGCAACAGAACGACCAGCAGCAGCAGCUGCAGCAUCAACAGCAACACCAGAAUCCGACUCAAAACCAGCAACAUGCUUUUCAGGAGCAGAUGGCAUAUGCAGCGCACAUGCACCCAUUCGCAACAACUCCUUCCCACAUGCCAUACCCAUACCUUCUUCCCACGGGCCAUUUGGACUUCCCCUCUCAAAACGACUGGGUGGACAUAUCCGAUGCUGGAGAAGGAGCAGGAGUGCAAAGCGGCAUGGAGGAAUUGAAUGCGGUGGAAGGAGUCGAACAGGCUGGAAAAACGGUUUCGAAGGGUCGAGUGGAAAGGGAGGAAGGUGAAGAAGAGGAGAGUGAGAUGGACGAGUCGAGUAUAUACGCGCAUGAAGAGGGGAUUGGAGGGAUUGGGUUGGAGUUUGGUGGGAGGGAGGGAGGUGGAGAGGAGAUUAUAGUGGCUAUUGAUUCUGAUGAUGAAGAGGAGCCGAGUGGCGAACAUCUGUUGGAGUCGAGCAUAUACGCGCAUGAGGACGGGAUUGGAGGGGUAGGGUUGGAGUUCGGUGGGAGGGCGGGUGGGGAGGAGAUUAUAGUGGCGAUUGAUUUUGAUGAUGAAGAGGAGGUGGUGUUUGCAUAG